GCCUGAUGCGGCCGGACUUGACCAAAGCCCUUGACGCUCGUCCUGCAGAUGCGGCGCCGCUUCGGGGACGUGUUCAGCGUGCAGAUGGCCUGGACGCCCGUGGUCGUGCUCAACGGACUGGCAGCUGUGCGCGAGGCGCUGGUGGACCGCGGCGAGGAAACCUCCGACCGCCCACCUGUGCCCAUCACCACACUACUGGGUUUCGGGCCUCGCUCCCAAGGGGUGAUCCUGGCUCCCUAUGGGCGCGCCUGGCGCGAGCAGAGGCGCUUCUCUGUGUCCACCAUGCGCAACUUGGGCCUGGGCAAGAAGUCCCUGGAGCAGUGGAUAACCGAGGAGGCCUCAUGUCUCUGUGCCGCCUUCUCCGACCAAGUUGGCCGCCCCUUUAGCCCCAACCUGCUCCUGAAUAAAGCGGUGAGCAACGUGAUCGCCUCGCUCACCUUCGGGCGCCGCUUCGAGUACGACGACCCACGCUUCCUCAAGCUAUUGGAUGUACUUCAGGACGCUGUGAAGGAGGACACGGGUCUUCUGCGCGAGGUGCUGAACUCGAUUCCUGUGCUCCUGCACAUCCCGGGGCUGGCUGCUAAGGCCCUCCAAGGGCAGCAAGCUUUCGCGUCCCUGGUGGAUGAGCUCCUCGCUGAAAACAAGAUGACCUGGGACCAGGACCAGCCACCCCGAGACCUGACUGAUGCCUUCCUGGAUGAGGUGGAGAAGGUGAGGUGCCAGGAACAGGAACAGUGGUUGUGGAUUUAGGGGGCCAUGAAGCAA